ACACUCUGUCGGUUUGCGACGUUUCUAGUCUAGGAAUAUAAAUACUUCCAGCUGCAACCGGCACGAUCGACAACAGUUUUGUUCUAGCAGGAUGAACGGGCCACUGCGUACCGUCUUCAGCUGUCUUGUCGUUACUAGUAUCAUCGGCACUAGUGCACAAGGCCCCGAGCAGGUGGACUUGACAAUAACGGCAAGAGAUGGCGACACUGGAGAACUCAGCGGCACAUCCUCUCUCUUCGAUGAUUUAACUGAUGUCCGACACCUGCGCGCCAUGACUCACUUUGGGGACAGCUCUAAUGGCAUACCUGACAUGUAUCUCAAUUACAUGGAUACCGAACCGUUGAGGCAGUUCUUCGAGGGGGUCGUGUCUCCAUCAGUGAAAGUUUCUGCGGGCGAACGUUUCGAGAACGCCAUAAGGCUGGUGACAUGGGAGAAUAUGUCAGUAGUGGCAAUUCUCUGGUUCUCUGUCAUCGGCGUGCUGGUCUCCUUCGGCCUCGUACUACAGUUUACCCUUCUGGGAAUAAAAAUGUGUUCUCAAAAGUGUUCCAAGAAAUCAGCACUUCCUUUGGUAUCUCGAAAAGUUCCCUCAACAACACCUGCAGCUACAAAAAAGGCAUAA